CAGGAUCCAAAACGCUCCUCACGCUGCCCGUCCGCCCCUCUUACGACCAUUCCCGGCACGUAUAGCCCCUAUACAUUAACCGUAGGGAUAAAUACGCGCCCGGCUCCUGGAUUGCCGGGGGAGGCCUCGAUUCACCCGGCGGCCGGGCAGCUGGAGAAAUAUUUUGGAUUCCAGCUCCUGGGAGCUUGUGGAGCACUUGAGGUCUCGCACAGGUGGCGACGGCAUCGGCAGGCGGCGGAGCCGGAGAGCCGCGUGCGGAUAGCGAGCGCUUGGGAGCGAAGCCGAGGAAACGGACCUUCCCGCCUAGACCUGCUUCCUCCGAGGCUCCUCCCUGGGAAGGAAUUCCGUGCGUUAGCAGCGCCGGGAAGCGCUUCUCCCUUUGGAGAACGGAGCUUCUCCCUUUUGAGAGGGAGCUUCUGGCCCGCGCGCCGGCCCCGCAGGUUCCGGAGAGUCCUAGGAUGAGGCUCCUGUGAGGCCCCCCCGGCCCUGCUGCGGCUUCCGUGCGGCCCCCGCGCGCGGCGGGAGACGCGACGUCGCUGGACAGCAUGAGCCUGGCCCGCGGGGCGCCACCCGCCUGCCGGGGGAGGACUUGGCUCUCCGUGCUGCUGCUGGCGGCCUCCGUGCGUGGCCGCUGGCCCGGCGAGCCCGCGGAGGCGCUGCGGGACUGGGAGAACCAGCUGGAGGCCUCCAUGCACUCGGCGCUCUCCGACUUCCGAGAGAGCGUCCCGGCCGUCGUGGGCAUCCCCGACAGCUCCGCCGUCGUGGGCCGCUUCUUCAGGGUCAGCAUCCCCAUGGAUUUAAUUGCUUCCCACGGAGAAAUGGUCCAGAUCUCGGAGGCCGGGAAGGACUCGCUGCCCUCGUGGCUGCACUGGAACGCCGAGAGCAGCUCGCUGGAGGGCCUGCCCCUGGACACGGACAAGGGCGUCCACUACAUCGCGGUGACCACGCUGCAGGUCUCCCCCAACGGGAGCCACGUGCCGCAGGCCGCGAACGUCUUCUCCGUCGAGGUGCACCAGGAGGACCACAGCGAGCCGCAGUCCUUGCGGGUGGCUCUCCAAGACACGGGCGAGGCGGCGCUCUUCGUGUGCGGCUCGGAGGAGCCCGUCACCAUCCUGACCGUCAUUCUGGACGCCGACUUAACGAAGAUGACGCCACAGCAGAGGAUCGAGCUCUUGAGGAGAAUGAGGAGCUUCUCGCAGGUGGAGCUGCACAACAUGAAGCUGGUCCCCGUCGUGAAUAACAGACUCUUCGACAUGUCCGCAUUCAUGGCGGGACCGGGCAACGCCAAGAAGGUGGUGGAGAACGGGGCCUUGCUCUCCUGGAAGCUGGGCUGCUCCCUCAGCCAAAGCACCGUCCCCAACAUCAGCAACGUGGAGGCGCCGGCCAAGGAGGGCACCAUGUCCGCCCGCCUGGGCUACCCCGUGGUCGGCUGGCACAUCGCGAACAAGAAGCCCCACGUGCCCAAGAGGAUGCGGCGGCAGAUCAACGCGACGCCCACGCCGCUCACCGCCGUGGGGCCGCCCACCACGGCGGCCCAGGAGCCGCCCGCCCGGAUCGUGCCGACGCCGACGUCGCCGGCCAUCGCGCCGCCCACGGAGACCACGGCGCCGCCGGUGCGGGAGCCCAUCCCGCUGCCCAGGAAGCCCACGGUCACCAUCCGAACGCGGGGCCCCAUCGUGCAGACGCCCACGCUGGGGCCCAUCCAGCCCACCAAGGUGGCGGAAGCCACGGGCACCGUCGCCGUGCCCGUGCGCCCCACCAUGCCGGGCUUCGUGGAGCCCACGGCCGUGAUGACCCCUCCGACCACCACCACCACCAAGCGGCCGCGCGUCUCCACGCUGAAGCCGGCCACGCCGGCCACCACCGACUCCUCCACGGCGGCCACGCGGAGGCCCACGCGGAGGCCCAAGACGCCGCGGCCCACCAAGCCCCCCGGCACCACGAGGUCCCCGCUCACCAAGCUGACGACGGCGGCGCCGCCGAGCCGCGCGCGCCCCACGCCCGGCGCCGUCCCGCGGCCCUGGGAGCCCAACGAGCCGCCCAAGCUCACCAACCACAUCGACAGGGUGGACGCCUGGGAGGGCACCUACUUCGAGGUGAAAAUACCCUCGGACACCUUCUACGACAAGGAGGACACCACCACGGACAAGCUGCAGCUGACGCUGAAGCUGAAGGAGCAGCAGAUGCUGGAGGAGAACUCGUGGGUGCAGUUCAACAGCACCAGCCAGCUCAUGUACGGCCUGCCCGACCGCGGCCACGUGGGCAAGCACGAGUACUUCAUGUACGCCACCGACAAGGGCGGCCUCUUCGCCGUGGACGCCUUCGAGAUCCACGUGCACAAGCGGCCGCACGGGGACAAGGCGCCGGCGAGGUUCCGGGCGCGCCUGGAGGGCGACGCCAGCGCCGUGGCCAACGACGUCCACAAGAAGAUCGCGCUGGUGAAGAAGCUGGCGCUGGCCUUGGGCGACAGGAACAGCAGCACCAUCACGCUGCAGGGCAUCUCCAAGGGCUCCGUCGUGGUGGAGUGGACCAACAACACGCUGCCCCUGGAGCCCUGCCCGCGGGAGCAGAUCCGGGCGCUGAGCCGGCGCAUCGCCGACGACGCCGGCGGCCCCAGCGCGGCGCUCGCCGGCGCCCUGCAGCCCGACUUCAAGCCCUUGGACGUGGCGGUGGUGGGCGCCGGCAGCUGCCGCCACGUGCGCUUCGUCCCCGCCGCCAAGGACGCCCGGCCGCCCACGGCGGCGCCGCCCACCGCCGCGGCCGGCAAGGACCCGGAGAAGAGCAGCGAGGACGACGUCUACCUGCACACGGUGAUCCCGGCCGUGGUGGUGGCCGCCAUCCUCCUCGUGGCCGGCAUCGUCGCCAUGGUCUGCUACCGCAAGAAGCGCAAGGGCAAGCUCACCAUCGAGGACCAGGCCACCUUCAUCAAGAAGGGCGUGCCCAUCAUCUUCGCCGACGAGCUCGACGACUCCAAGCCGCCGCCCUCCUCCAGCAUGCCGCUCAUCCUGCAGGAGGAGAAGGCGCCGCUGCCGCCGCCCGAGUACCCGGCGGCGGGCGCGCCGGAGACGGCGCCGCUCAACCGCGACGCCGGCGGCGAGUACGCGCCGCUGCGCGACGAGGACCCCAACGCGCCGCCCUACCAGCCGCCGCCGCCCUUCGCCGCCCCCAUGGAGGGCAAGGGCUCCCGCCCGAAGAACAUGACCCCCUACCGCUCCCCGCCGCCCUACGUGCCCCCUUAAUGAAGGGGGCGACGCUCCAGGGGCCGCCCCGGGGUGGGUCCCGGUGGGGAACGAGGGGGACGGGCAGCCCGGACGGGGGGUUUGGGGCAGGGGGAUCGACAGCGACGACGACGACACUCGUUUUAUU